AAUGAAGCCGAAUAUGUCAUUUCCGAAGAGAACGAAUACUCCUUGUUUUGGAAGUGUUUGGCUUACGGAGCUCGAUGGAGUCGCCAACGACCGUACGGUGAGAUCAUCCCAUCGCUUAAGGUUUAUCCUAUCGUCCACGCCUUCCAGGAAGACAUCAAAGAUCUGAUGGCAUUUGGGAGUGUGCAUGAUUUCCAGCGGAUGUUUCAGGAAGGAUGUCUCCACCCUCAUACCAGAGAUCGCUUCAAUCACUCGCUUUUGCAUGUAAGUGGUCGUGUUCUUUUCUUCGAUGGACCUUAAUGAUUACGGGCAGAUGGCUACAGUAUAUUCUCGAGCUGAUGUAAGCCGCCUUCUCCAUGAAUACCGUGUCAAACCGGAUCCAUACUACAAAUCCCGGGACAGCAACAAGCGGUUUGGGUCCGAAGUUUUGCACUCGCGCACCGUCUUCAACCUCUGCGGCAUAGACCCAGGGUGGUCUUCAAGGAAGGGAACCAUGACUAUGGCCGAAUAUCACUACAAUUUUAGCGGCCGGAAGGCUACAAGAAGACACAGGGCGUUCAGUCAUCUUAUAGAGAGCUCGUUAGCUCCCAUAACCCGUGAUGUGUGGGUCACCGACUUCAUGCGGUUGUGUAAGUUAAGCUCUGAUUACCUUGCUGGCUCGGACCUGAUCUGGUUUCGAAAGAUCAUUCUCCAGAGUCGUGUCAGUCGUUUCAUCCUCCAAGGAAAUGAUCAAAGUUUGGAGUGGGUUGCACAAGGUUUAAGGUCGCCAGAUGGUGCUCCUUUGCUCAAUACAUUGAGAAGAGGCCAUUGUGGUCUCUUGAAGGACAUCUUCGAUGGACAUGAUUUGAUUGAUCAUGAGCUCGGGGGAAGAUUUCUCUCCGCACUUCGUCUGCUAAAUAUCGAUAUCGAAACCUGUAUGAGCGGGGAGCUCGCGCAUUUUCUUAAUUAUACACACAGCCUCGAUGGCUGCUUGGACAGAUACAUCUCUUUCCAACAAGCCGAAGAUGGACGGUACACACUUGAUUGGGACUGGACAUACAACACUGAAGCUCCUGGGUACCUGGCCGUGUCUGAAUUCAGCGCUCUCACGACCGAUCACACCUACGACCGAUCAUCAGUCUCAAUUGUUCGAUCGGAGGCAACUCUGAACAGUAAAGACUUGCCGUUUCAAGAUCCUUACGCAACUGUGAACCGGCUCCACUUCAGACGUAAAAGGAAAGUCUACGAAGACCGUACUCGGCGCCAGGAAUGCAGAAAGUUGCCAGGGUCUUGGAUAGAGUGACGCGACCGCAGUGCCUGCGCGUCCGCAUGAGGUAUGCUUGUUUAGUGUUUGAUCUAAUCCGUUGGCAGGU